AUGUUCUAUUAUUUGAGCUACCAUGAAAUAAUGUCGUCCUGAUGUCAUAUUUGAAUAUUAUUUUCCAUUAUCCUCAAAGAAAGAAAUAUCCAAUAAGUUUGAGAGUAUCAACCCACAAGAUUACAAACUGAUAAUUAUGAAUGUAAAAUAUCUUGAUUAA